CAUACAUUUUUACCCUCCAACAACUGCACUACUACAUCUUACUCCGACAGCUCACUCCUAAUCUGAAACAGCGAAAAUUUCUGUGGAGAAAGAGAGCUUCUGCUUCUGCUUCUGCUUCUGCUUCUGCUUCUCUCGUCAAAAUCCCAAAUUGCUUGGUUUUGGGGUUUUGAUCUGGUUAUGCGCAGAAAAACUGCUCCUUUAGUGUAAAAAUCGCUUCUUGGAGAAGUGGGGCACCUCUCUUUUGCUCCUCCCAUGGCUUCUUCCAUGCUCAAUGGCGCUGAGGGGCUCAAGCUCACCGGGAUGAGGAGCCCCCAUGGUUUGGGCUCCAUGAACUCCACUCUCCAUGGGAAACCCCUCUCCAAGAUGGGCUUAACCCCCUUCAAUCUGAGAAAAGAUGCUAAAUUUGUGGCACCCAAAUGUAGCCUCUCCUCUUCCAGGCCUGCAUCUCAACCCAGGUUCAUACAACACAAAAAGGAGGCGUUUUGGUUCUACAGAUUCCUCUCCAUUGUUUAUGACCAUGUCAUAAACCCUGGGCACUGGACUGAGGAUAUGAGGGAUGAGGCUCUGAAACCUGCUGAUCUGUAUAGUCCUAGGUUGAAGGUUGUGGAUGUGGGUGGUGGGACCGGGUUCACCACUCUGGGGAUCGUUAAGCACGUCGAUCCGAAGAACGUCACCAUCAUCGACCAAUCCCCGCAUCAGCUCGCCAAGGCGCGGCAAAAGGAGCCGCUCAAGGAGUGCACUAUAAUGGAGGGGGACGCCGAGGAUCUCCCGUUCCCGACCGAUUCCUUCGAUCGGUACAUUUCCGCCGGAAGUAUCGAGUAUUGGCCCGAGCCGCAACGCGGUAUAAGGGAAGCAUACAGGGUUCUGAGGCAAGGCGGAGUUGCCUGCGUGAUUGGGCCCGUCUACCCGACGUUCUGGCUCUCGCGCUUUUUCGCCGACAUGUGGAUGCUCUUUCCUAAGGAGGAAGAGUACAUCGAGUGGUUCAAGAACGCCGGGUUCAAGGAUGUUCAAUUGAAAAGGAUUGGCCCGAAAUGGUACCGCGGUGUUCGUCGGCACGGGCUUAUCAUGGGUUGCUCUGUGACCGGCGUGAAAAGGCAACCCGGAGAUUCUCCUUUGCAGCUUGGUCCGAAGGCUGAGGACGUUGAGAGGCCCGUGAAUCCGUUCUCCUUCCUGCUGCGCUUCGUCUUGGGCAGCAUCGCAGCGACGUACUUCGUGCUAGUGCCGAUUUACAUGUGGAUAAAAGACCAGAUUACGCCGAAAGGCAUGCCCAUCUGAGAGGAGGAGACGAAUGCAGGGAAGAUCAGGAAAUGUUGAUGAUGAUCAAACUACGAAUGUACUCGUGUUUUAGGAUCUUUUGUAAUAAUCAGGCUCUUUUGUAAUAAUAUCGUAAUUAGUCUUGUUUCGCUGUGUUGCUUGGAUUUAGAUUUCCUUGUAUUUUCCCCCUUGUGCUUUUACUAUCCUGAAACAGAACUUGUUGGUCAUUUCGGUGGCGGCGAAGAUGUAUUUGCUUGAAGAAAUUCAAAACUGCAUUCCUUGUUUGGUGCUGUUGC